AUGAAUACUAUUGUAUUUAACAAAUUGAGUAACCAGGUCCUCUUCGAUGAGAAGGCGAAGGAGGCCGAGAGGAGCAGUAGAAAUUAUUUAGACGUAAUAGAUGGACAGCAUCCGGACCUUCAUCCAGACCUGCUAUCAAGCAAUCACCAAGUUAUCAAAGACAACAACGGCAUCAGACACAGGAGGGGCCGUCAGAACGGUGGGAAGGUGCGACACAAGCGCCAGGCUCUACAGGACAUGGCUAGGCCUCUGAAGCAGUGGCUCUACAAACACAGGGACAACCCAUACCCCACUAAGACAGAGAAAAUCCUGCUGGCCCUCAGCUCUCAAAUGACCUUGGUCCAGGUGUCUAACUGGUUUGCCAACGCCAGGCGGCGGCUGAAGAACACAGUGAGACAGCCAGAUCUGAGCUGGGCGCUGCGCAUCAAACUCUACAACAAAUACGUCCAGGGCAACGCAGAGAGACUGAGCGUCAGCAGCGAUGACACCUGCUCAGAAGACGGGGACAACCCUCAGCGGAUGCAGACGAGCGGCGGCGAGUUCAGCAAGCCCAUGUACCAGAGCGUCAUCAAGAAGGAGGGUGCCACCAUGAUGGGGACGGGGCUCCGAGCCGCUGACGCCGCCUCAUUGGCCGAGGACUACGUGACUCCGCCUCCUAAGUACAAGAGCAGCUUGCUUCACCGGUACCUUAACGACUCGCUGAGACACGUGAUGGUGGCCAACGGCGUCAUGGACGCCAGGAAGAGGAACCACUCGGGAUCCUUCAGCUCCAACGAGUACGACGACGAUCUCCUCUCCCCGUCGUCCUCAGAAACCGAGGCAAACUUUGUUUAUCGAGCUGAAACCAUGGACCAUGGAUCAAGUAAAUGUGACAAUGGGGGUGUUCAGAAGGAGAAGGUACGGGGCAAAGAUGAGACGUACUGGAAGGAGAUCAAUGCAGCCAUGGCCUUGACUAACCUGGCGCAGGGAAAGGACAGCAGCGGAUCAGGGACGACCAGCUGCAUCAUCCAGAAGUCCUCUCAUAUAUCAGAAGUAAAGACUGUCAAAGUGCCUCUGGUGCAGAAGUACUAG